AUGCACUCCUACCAGCUUCUUGGCCUGGCCGCUGUCGGCUCCCUCGUCUCUGCCGCUCCCGCUCCUUCUCGCGUCUCUGAGUUCGCUAAGAAGGCCUCUACCUGCACUUUCACCUCUGCCUCUGAGGCCAGCGAGAGCAUCUCCAGCUGCUCCGAUGUUGUCCUGAGCGGAAUCGAGGUCCCCGCUGGCGAGACCCUCGACCUGUCCGACGCUGCUGAUGGCUCCACCAUCACCUUCGAGGGUACCACUUCUUUCGGCUACAAGGAAUGGAAGGGUCCUCUGAUCCGCUUCGGUGGUAAGGACCUGACCGUCACCAUGGCUGACGGCGCUGUCAUCGACGGUGACGGUUCUCGCUGGUGGGACAGCAAGGGCACCAACGGUGGCAAGACCAAGCCCAAGUUCAUGUACAUCCACGAUGUUGAGGACUCCACCUUUAAGGGCAUCAACGUCAAGAACACUCCCGUCCAGGCCAUCAGUGUCCAGGCUACCAACGUCCACCUGAAUGACUUCACCAUCGACAACUCCGACGGUGAUGACAACGGUGGCCACAACACCGAUGGUUUCGACAUCAGCGAGUCCACCGGUGUCUACAUCAGCGGUGCUACCGUCAAGAACCAGGACGACUGCAUUGCCAUCAACUCUGGCGAGAGCAUCUCUUUCACCGGCGGUACCUGCUCCGGUGGCCACGGUCUCUCCAUCGGAUCCGUCGGUGGCCGUGAUGACAACACCGUCAAGAACGUGACCAUCUCCGACUCCACCGUCAGCGACUCUGCCAACGGUGUCCGCAUCAAGACCAUCUACAAGGAGACCGGUGAUGUCAGCGAGAUCACCUACUCCAACAUCCAGCUCUCCGGUAUCACCAAGUACGGUAUCGUCAUCGAGCAGGACUACGAGAACGGCUCUCCCACCGGCACCCCCUCCACUGGUAUCCCCAUCACCGAUGUCACCGUUGACGGUAUCACCGGUACUCUUGAGGACGAUGCCACCCAGGUCUACAUCCUCUGCGGUGACGGCUCUUGCUCCGACUGGACCUGGUCCGGUGUUGACCUCUCCGGUGGAAAGGCCAGCGAUGACUGCGAGAACGUUCCUUCCAGUGCUUCUUGCUAA